AUGCCGGAACUCGAAAUGCUCCCCGAACAUAUGUUCAGCAUGAUUCCGGGUACCUGCUCAUCAUGCUGUAUAGAUGACUACGACGUUGCACAAUCAGACUAUGACUUGUAUGCUCUGCCUAUACGAGCCAUGAAAAGCGUCAACGGCGAAUACCUUCUGUGUUUGAUUCUGAGAUCGGUGUCGGAAAAUUCAAGGGAUUUUCGCCGGGAAGGUCUGCUUGCAUUGCGCAAAAAUGAAUUGGACGGAUUUGACUGGGCCAUGGGAGAAUGGCACAAUGGUUCCGAUGGUCUGCAUCUCAAUCCUCAAGCAAUCAGACUUCUGUAA